UGACUCUCCCCUGCCUUUUCUCCGCAUCUCUAGAUUCACUCUGCCGCUAUGAGCACUACUAAGCGCAAAUGUACCGAGGAAGUUGAUACCCGGCCUGCAACUCCCAAGAAAAAGAUUGUUCGUCACCGUGCUACCUUGGCCUGUGAGGAGUGUCGCGCACGCAAGAGACGAUGUGAUGGUGCCACGCCAGCGUGUGGCGGGUGCGUUAAGCGCGCAUCCGUGUGUGUAUAUGCCUCCGAAAUCCAGGCGAAAGCAUGGCGGGACAGUAUGAUCCAUUCUUUACGAACUCGUUUAGAGGAGUUUGAAAAAGAGGACCAUUCGGCCCCGGGGUUUGAUAGACUUUCUCGCAAUGAUGCUUCCAUCGCCGCAUCAAGUCGACAUCCUGGUCCGGGGAUCGAGGCCGGUGAUGUCGAAGAUGUUCAGCCCCUGCAGUCACCAGAAGCGACCUUUCGACCUGUUCUCCCUUCCUUCCCCCAAGAGCAAGUGUCUCUAAGAGCUGGUGCAUCUCAUAUCCAGACACAAUCUGAUAUUUUCUCUACGCCGAGAAGCCCGAACGACUACAAUUCCAGAGUUUUAGAACCCUGUAGCGUGGAGAAGUUGAUGAAACCGAUUGAUCAAGCCAUUGACUCUAGGAGUGGCCAGAACAGCGCACAUGCCAAUUCGGGCUGGCCAACAAGUGCAACGACCAGUGGCCCUACUCGCAUCGGUGCCACAGGAUGCUCCUGUGACCAAAUACUAGGCGCCUCGCGGUGGCAUUUACCGCUGCGAAGAAAUGCGGAUGAUCUAGUCGCGUUGUACUUUGCCCGGGUUAACAGAAUGUACCCGACCCUUCACGAGCAAACGUUCAGGAAGCAAUAUGAGUAUUUGUGGCAGUUCACGACGAGGACAUCCGCGAUCAGCGGUGUCAAUUGCCCCGGAUUAUGCAAACAGAAAAGCAAAGGGAAAACAUUUCCUGGGAUGGUAUACGCUGUAUUUGCGUUGGCCUCCUUGUUCGAAACUGGAACUCCAGAGCAAAACACCUAUCGAGCGGACGAUUACUUCCGACUGGCCCAGGAUAUUGAUCUUUUGGGUACCCUGGAUUAUGAGGUGGGGAUUGAACUCGUCCAGCUGGGCCUCCUCAUGGGGUUCUACCUUCAGAGCACCGAAAGAUUCUCAAAAUGCUGGAAUAUCACUGGCCUCACAAUUCGAAUGGCGCAAAACAUGGGACUGCAGCUGAGACUUUGUGAGGCUCGACGCAAGGGGUUGUUUUCUCGUCAUGCAACCCAACUUGACUGCGAGAUGAGGGUGCGAGUUUGGUACGGAUGUGUUUUAUUAGACAGAGAAAUCUCCAUGUCCUUUGGGCGGCAAUUGAUGAUUUCCAAUGAUGGAGAGGCUGUUAGGUUACCCAAAGCAAUAGAUGAUAAUCGCCUCUCCGAAGAAAUGGGAACUUGGAACGUUCAGCCGACAGGUUGUCCAAGCUUGCUGGAGUCCUACAUCCAAACAAUUAGACUCUACGACAUACUCAAGCAAGUGUUGGACCGGGAGGAGCUUCAAGAUUCGUCGGACAGAGGCCCGGAUAUCCAGUCACUGUUAAGUCUGGAAUCCAGGAUCAUGGAAUGGCGUGAAGCUUUGCCCUCUUUCCUACAGUAUGACUCUUCCUCUGAAGGUACUAGCUCAGCGGAGCAGUAUGGAAUUCCCGAAAAAGCGGCUCCGCAGGUCGACUUUUCCGCUCAGGCCAAACGGCUUUACGCAAGAUUUCUACAUGUGCGAGUCCUGAUAUUACGUCCUGCCUUGGAUCUUUUGUUUCAAAAACAACAACAUCCCCCGCCAUUGGCUAAGAAGAAUUCGAUGGAGACACGGGUUCAAGACUUGAUGCUCUCAGACAUAGCAACACAAUGUGCGUCUUCAGCACAUAUCCUAGUCAAGCUUCUCGACACCCAAAUCAACAAGGGGAACUUGGUGGCCUGGUGGUAUAAUAUAAGCUAUCUGCAUACAUGUGGCAGCACAUUAUUAAUGGCGCAACUAUCCACCCUCAACGAUAUGGCGUUGUGUGGCGAGCUUUCGGCUAGCUGGGAUCUUUUCUUACGGUGCAUCUCGCGCUACAAAGGCGUGAGCAGCAUUGCGGAAAAAUCCGUCCGUCUUCUGGAAAAAAGCAGACGAUGCCUGCUACCCGAGGGAUACUCCCAGAAGACAGAUUUAGGACAUGAUGCGCACGCCAUGACCCCAGUCAGGGCAAUGCCGAAUGACAGCUCUCAAGUUCGUCAACAACACCCUUUACCCCAAAGUCAAGCGACCACUGCCCAUGAGGCCCACCAGUUGAAUAAAGAUCUGCCACCUAUGAACAAUGCCGGGGAGAAUUUUUUGGAUCAGGAGUGGAAUCCUGCACAGCCCGGGACCCAUAGGGAGCAACAGUUUCCUCCUGUGGACUUGAUGUCCGAAUCAGCCAUCGACGCGCCGCGUUUUGACGGACCCGAUGGGGAUCUAUGGGCUAAUGAUACCUGUGCUAGUUCAUACUGGCCUUUUAUGCCGUUUCUUUCCCAGUUGGAAGCACUGCCUUCUGACUUUGACCCAUCAAAUCUGGAAUAA